UUAACUUUUAAUUUAUUUACUGUUGUGCACUUGAAUGUCUCAUAAAGUCUCAUACCAUACACAUUGAUUUUUUGUGUGUGUAUAUCUUAAUCUGUAAAGUAAUUAGUAACUACAGCAGUAAGUACUUCUAGCUGUGAGCACACUUAAUAAUUAAUCUUUAAAUCACUGUUAUAUGAAUAAUGGUGAUCUGGUGGUGACACGGUGCAGCUGACAGCAGCGAGCUGGACUUUGCUUUUGUUUUAUGGCUGUGAGCUGCUGAUCGUAGACGCCCAGUGAUCUCUUUGUUUGCUCUGGUCUGUGGUCGACUCAGUGUGUCGUCUUCAGUGUGUCGGCUGUGGAGGGAAACAAGAGGAACAAGACAGAUUAGUUUGGACUGUUUCUGCUCCUGUGAAGAGAUGUCGAGGUACCACAAAGCAGCGAUUGAUGGAUACUUGGACCUGCUGAAGGAGGCCACCAGGAAAGACCUGAACACUGCCGACGAGGACGGCAUGACACCAACUUUACUGGCUGCUUUCCACGGACAUGUUGAUGCCCUUCAGCUCAUAUGUAGCAGAGAAGGAGACCCCAACAGGAGUGACAUCUGGGGAAACACGCCUCUGCACCACGCUGCAGCUAACGGCCACAUGCACAUCCUCAGCUUCCUGGUCAACUUCGGCGCCAACCUUUUUGCGCAGGACAACGAAUUCCACACGGCGAUGGACGUGGCUGCAUCACGUGACCGCAUGGACUGCGUUCGCUUCCUGGACGCCGCCGCCUCCCAGCAGACCAACCAGAACCCAAAGAAGGUCGCCAACCUGAAGAAGGAGGCCGUCAAAGAGGCGGAGAAGCGUGUGAAACUCUGCGAGAAGGUGAAGAAGAAACACCAGAGCAAGAUGGAUAAAAUGCACCGCGGAGGGGUCACCACCGCCUCAGAGGUUAGCUCGGAAAGCGGCACGAUAUCCGGCGUCAACGAGCAGUUCUCCAAGCUUAUCGCUGCUGAUAAAUCUGGCUCCCUGACAGCCAGAGUGAAGGGCACGCUGCAGAAGAAGCUCGGGAAGAAAGGCACGGUGCAGGGAACCCGAGGGGACAGUAACGUUAUCUUCCUCAAACCGGAGAGUGGAGCGUCCGAGCAGCCGGAGUUCCUGGACGUCUUCAACGAGGGCGAAGGCGCUUCAGACGAAGAAGGAACGGCCGGAUACGAAGAUGAAGAUGACAGCAGUGAAGCAGGACAAGUCAAACAGUCCAUCUUCAACCGGCCCGGCCUCGGAGGGCUGAUCUUCAUGAGCAACAUGGGGAUGGAGUCGGAGGACGUCCACAGCGGGAACAAUGAAAGUCUGGGCUACCUGGUGCAGAACGACUUGUUCAACGCAGAGGAAGACUUCGACGGGAACUUUGACGUUGACGUCCCCUGGGACCAGGAAGACCUGGGGCUGGAUGAUGAUGAGGAUGAUGAAACUUCUCCUUUGGAUGCGUUCUUGUCGGCCAUCUCUUUGCCAGAGUUCGCCCCGGCGUUCAGCAAGGAGCACCUGGACCUGGAGGCCCUGAUGCUCUGCUCUGAUGAAGACCUGAAGGGGAUCCGCAUCCAGCUGGGACCCAGGAAGAAGAUCCUGGAAGCUGUCGCUCGCAGGAAGAACGCACUGGAGACUCCUGGCAGCGUGAAGGACAGCAGCUUGUGAGCUAAAAAAAAAAACACUGAGGGAGGGAUUUGUUGUCCUGUUUGAAGCCUAAAAUGAGUCUGUAUCUUUUGUAAAUAGAGCCAGGACUUUGAUUUCCUGCAUAAAACAGAGAUGAUUCAGCAAAACAACUACAACCUUAAGUAUCAAACCUUAAUUCUAGAACAUUGUGCAGUGUUAUGUUUAUAUAUUAUCCGUGUUAAAAAUCAAGGACUGGAUUCACUAAGCAUUCUUAAGAAGAAAAAAAAAUGCUUCUUAAGUGCCACUUUUUUCUUAACUUUGCUCUUAAGACAAAAUUUACAAUGUGGUACAAUGUUGUUAGGGGCAACAAACCCCCAAAACUUCCAUAAAAAAAAUAGAAUUGUAAAACUUCUUCAGAUUAUGUUUAUUUAGUCUAUUUUAAGACAAAAAAACACUCCAACUGGCAUCAUAAUGCGUACCAUAGAGGGUUAAAUCUGAGCUGCAUGUUUUUGGACUGUGGGAGGAAGCCGGAGAACCCGGAGAGAACCACGCUGACACCAGGAGAACAUGUAAACUCCACACAGAAGAACCUGAUUCCAACCUGCAGCCCUCACUGCUACACGUGCUGUUUUAUGUUUUU